CUUCUUCAGCCCUGACUUGGGAUAUCUGCUCAGUGUGACCAGAGCCAGGGGCUGAGAAACAUGGAGUCCAACACAGUCCAGCUGACAAGGAUGGAAUACGCCAUGAAGUCCCUUAGCCUUCUCUACCCCAAGUCCCUUUCCAGGCGCGUGUCAGUGCGUACCUCUGUGGUGACCCAGCAGCUGCUGUCGGAGCCCAGCCCCGAGGCCCCCAGGGCCCGGCCCUGCCGCGUAAGCACUGCGGAUCGAAGCGUGAGGAAGGGCAUCAUGGCUUACAGUCUUGAGGACCUCCUCCUGAAGGUCCGGGACACUCUGAUGCUGGCAGACAAGCCCUUCUUUCUGGUGCUGGAGGAAGAUGGCACAACUGUAGAGACAGAAGAGUACUUCCAAGCCCUGGCAGGGGAUAUAGUGUUCAUGGUCCUCCAGAAGGGGCAGAAAUGGCAGCCCCCAUCAGAACAGGGGACGAGGCACCCACAGUCCCUCUCCCCUAAGCCUGCCAAGAAGAUUGAUGUGGCCCGUGUAACCUUUGACCUGUACAAGCUGAACCCACAGGACUUCAUUGGCUGCCUGAAUGUGAAGGCAACUUUUUAUGAUACGUACUCCCUUUCCUACGAUCUGCACUGCUGUGGGGCCAAACGCAUCGUGAAGUGAGUGAAGUGGGAUUUCCUGGGGACAGGGUGGGUAUGGGCAAUGGGAGAGCCCCUGUCUGUUCACAUGGACUCAGCCUUCUCAGCGCCUGGGUCUGGCAUUAGUGCUGACAAAGCAUAGUCUGUAUCAGACAACAUGGAGCCUGAUGGGCUGUCGAAGUGCUGCUGUGGACGACACUGGCGUGUGCCCAGGGGUGCAUGUGUUCCUCCUGGUGGAACUUGGAUGCAUUUUGCUUUUAUGACUACUUUCCACUCU